CAAACGGUCAGCAUUCAAGGCUCCCUAUCUAUAUUCACACACACUCCUACUGGUUGCAUGUUCAAAACCCCAACAAACCAACCCUGCUCAACCACCUGCUCAAGAUGUUUCACCAACACUUAAUAGUCCUUGCUGCUAUAGUGACCAGUCUGACACGUGAAAUUUUGACAGCCCCUCCUCAAAGGGCUGAGUACAUAUGUGAAUCCCCUGCUUGCCGGAAUUUAUUGACAAUAACAUGGUGCUUUGCUGAACUUCCACGUUGUAACCGACACAAGGGCAUAAAACCAUGCCAAGUCCCACUGGUAGCUCGAUGCCUACCCACAUACGAUGGCGAAAGGAUGAUACUUAAAGGGUGCGGACAACAGUUCAUGAUUGAAGAUCAGCAAGAAUUUCAUGACCACAGGCCUAUUUGGAACUGUCAAGAUUGCUGCUCCCAAGUCCCAGGGCAAUCUCAAACUCCUCAAUAA